AUGGCAACUCCUGCACAGUUAGGAUUAAUAGAUGCGGCUUCGCCCGUAAUGGAAGAAAUAAUUUAUUUUCAUGACCAUGUAAUGUUGGUUUUAAUUCUAAUUACAUGUUUGAUCUUUUAUAGGAUACUAGUGCUUAUAUUUUCUAAAUAUAUUUAUCGGUUUUUAACUGAUGGGCAUGUAAUCGAGACGGUAUGAACUGUAAUUCCGGCAAUUAUUUUAGUUGUAGUUGCAUUACCCUCUUUAAAGUUACUUUAUUUAACGGAUGAGUUAGAUAACCCACAAUUAACGAUUAAGAGUGUUGGGCAUCAAUGGUAUUGGAGCUAUGAGUACACAGAUUAUUAUGAUAUUGAAUUUGAUUCAUAUAUACUUCCUAUUGGUGAUUUAGUGGGUGGGGAUGCCCGGUUAUUGGAGGUAGAUAAUCGUGUUGUGCUUCCUGUUGAUACUUCUGUACGAGUACUAGUGACUGCUGCUGAUGUAAUUCAUGCUUGAACUGUGCCUGCGUUAGGUUUAAAGAUAGAUGCUGUACCUGGGCGGUUGAAUCAAUUAGCACUGCAGUGUAGCCGUGUUGGGACUUUUUAUGGUCAAUGUUCUGAAAUUUGUGGGGCUAAUCAUAGUUUUAUACCUAUUGUAAUUGAAGCUGUUCCUGUUGAUGUCUUUGAAAGUUGAUGUGAUGGAAUACUAGAUUCUGAUU